GCUAGGGUCGAAUGGCUGGUUUGGGAAAGAUUGAAGAGGAUGAUGAUGCUCGAAGGAUACGGCUGAAAGAGGAGUGGCUUCUUCGAAGGGAACAAGAAGAAUCGGAGGAAGAGGAAUUUGAGGAGGUGGAGGAGGAGGAAGAGGAAUUUGAGGAAGAAGAAUCUCCGGUGGUGAAGGCUCCGGCUCCGGUGGCUGUGUUUGUUCCCAAGUCAGAGAGACAUACCAUUGCUGAGCGUGAGCGUCUUGAGGCAGAACAACGGGCCCUUGAGGAAGUAAGGAUAAGGAGAUUGGAAGAAAGGAGACUUGAGACAAAGCAGAUGAUUCUUGUUCAAGAAAUCCACAUUAUUACUACUACGACGGAUAAUACUGAUGAAGAAGAAGAAGAAGAUGAUGAUGAUGAUGUCAAUGAGGCAGAGGAGUAUGAAGCCUGGAAAGUGCGAGAGAUUGGUAGGAUCAGGAGGGUUAGGGAGGAUAGGGAGGCAAUCUUGAAGGAGAAACAAGAGACUCAGAGGUUAAGGAACAUGUCUGAGGAAGAGAGAAUCAGAGAAUGGCAAAUUAGGAACAAGAAUCCAAAGCAGAAGAAGAAGAACAACAACAAGUGGAGAUUUAUGCAGAGAUACUACCAUUCUGGUGCUUUCUUCCAGGACCAACUUGACACUAUUAUGUUGCACGAUUUUUCUGCUCCAACUGGGCAAGAUAAGAUGGACAAGACUAUAUUACCUAGUGUUAUGCAAGUCAAACGCUUCGGCCUUAGGGGAAGAAGUAAGUGGACUCAUCUCAUCAAUGAGGACACUACUACUACUCAUCACCCCACCUGGACUUGCAAUCAUCAAAGUAUACCAAAACGCAGAAAAUUGAUGUCUGCCUAUUCAUACAAACCCCACCUUGAUGCGCAAUGAGAGACAAAUCAGACGGUAAGCAAAACUUUUACUAUCUGGAGUCCCUAGUAUCUUCAUGAAUUGCAAUGUUUAUUAGGUUUAUUAGUUUUCUCUUAUUGUUGCACAGUCAAAUA